CUAAGCUCAAACAAAAUUAUCUUCCAUAUUUGCCAUCGUUGCAGCUUUCGUCGUCUUUCUGGUCUGUGCACUAUAUUUAUUGUGUUCAUUUGCAAUUGAUGAUUAAAUUAAUCCAUUAGAAAAGCUAGCUCACAGUUAGUUAUUUUGAACAAUUUAGUUUUGGAAAAUAAUCAAUUAAUUCAAUAACAUUUUGCCUGCAAAGCAGAAGAAAAAUAUCCAAACUGUUGAAUUUCCCGCAAUUAUAUCUGCAAACGACAUCGUCUUCGUCACAUAGUGCACGGAUUAACAACAUGCCAGUACACGAAUUUAAAGUGGAAAUGACCUGUUCAGGAUGUGCAAACAGUGUCGAACGGGUGUUAAACAAGCUGGGAGCGGAAAAAGUUGAGAAGAUCGCUAUCGAUCUUGAUUCGAAAACGGUGUUGGUGACAUCGAAUUUGACAGCCGAUGAGUUGCUGGAGACGAUUAAGAAGACUGGCAAAGCGACCCAAUACGUUGGGGUAAAGGAAUGAAAUGAACUUUUUUGUAAGUUUCGUAAAAUUGCCAAAUUGAAAAUGGAAGUUUAGAUGCGGAUAUACAACAAAGAAUUGAUAAGGAUUGUGCUAUGGAAUCGAGAGCAAGCUAAACUGUAAACGGCCAAUUACAUUUUGACCUUUUUAAAUCGUUUAAAACGAACAUUGAAAUUAAAUUUCAGGAAGUGUAGAUAAAUAUUUUUAAAUAUAAAAUUAAAAAUAUAAGAAGUAAUAUAUACACUCAAUAUAAAAUGAAAUCCAUUGUUAUGAAUUACGAAGAAUUUAAAAAUCUUGUCUUGUUGUCAAAGCUCGUGUUUAAUUAAUUACUAGCUAUACUAGAGUAAAUACACAAUUCUUAAAUAUAUUUACAGAAACAAAAACAAAAAAAUUAAAAAAUAGCAAUUUACUGUCGUGUUGAAGACAAAGAAAUCACAAAAGUAUUGAACGAUAUUCGAACACUGAUAUUUACAAAUCCUACUUCCGUAAAAAGGUUUUAUUCAAUAUAAAUUGUAAAUUUUAAACAAAAUAAUGCAAUUAAAAAAAUGAAUCGAAUAUAUAUCUAAUGCAUGCGUAUAAAUAUUGUAGUUCGUUUCAGAAAAGAUUUACAAUUAAUUAAUUAAAACUUAAAGUACAAUUUACUCAAUUAUAGUAGAUAGCAACUUAAACCCAUAUGCCAAACAAUAAAAUACUCCAGUAUAAUUGCUUAUUAUCUUGAAUAUAUGACAAAAUAUGAAUAUUAGGCUUUCAUAAAAUGAUCGCAUAAUUGUGUACGCUGCAUUAUAUAUUGUCUAAAACGACAUUUUCUAUACAUAUAAUACGUUGUUCCAGCUUUCGUAAUGUUAUCACUAUUUCCGCCAGCUGCGUUUGAAGUGAGUUCAAUUCUGGCUGCAAAUAAUCUUCAUUUGAAGUUUGCGUCGAAGCACAUGUGCAGAUCGCUGCGUUAAGCAUCUAUGAUUAUAAA